AGAGGAAAAUCGAAGAAGCAGAAACCGACGUUUCAAUUAUUCAACAAGGCUAGCUGGCCGAAGGUAAUGAUAUCUCGCGACAGUAUUAUUUACAAGAAGAUCAAAGAUUCCUCCGGGACACCGAGUUUGUCGUUUCUUCAAGAAUCCUCGAGCAAGCUGCACGCCAAGGGAGAGAAAGAUGGCUGCCAACAUUUGUACUGCGACGGGAAUGUCGCGAGCUUCGAGGAGGAGCAGAAUGUCUGUUUGAUCAGCAGCUCGGACGAGGUUCGAGAAACUCGGAAAUUGUACGAGGAACGUUCGAGAGAAAACGAGGACGGCUCGAAGAAGAUCGGAGAAGAUAAUUUCGAAUGCACGACGGAGGAGGAGAGUGUAAUCUCCGCUACGCGCGAUCAACAGAAGCCGAUUUUCGUCGAUUUGACAGCCGACGAGAAAAACACGUGGAAGCAAACGAUACUGAAACGAUUCUGCGACGUAAAAACGGACACGGUUAAUGAAACGGAAGGAGAGAAGUGCGCUACGAAUAUUGUACUAGGUAUAAACGAACCUCGGAUCAUAAUAGCAGAUAAUCCGAGCAAAUUAAAUUGCAAUGGGAACGGCAGUUUAACAACUGCAUUGCGAGGUCGUGGGCCGUGUUUGAUGCCGGUGCAACCGAAUCGUUCGUUACCUAUACUCCCGGCACCAUCUAUACCUACGAGAUUCUUUCGAAAAGAUUCGUCAGCCGCCCUCGUCCAACCGCCCAAAACCACUGUGGACGUAGGAAAGGUAGGAUCGAUGAAAUCAAUCGGCGCGUUGCCGAACGAGCAAUUGCAAAAAGACGUGGAGAUCAAUGCCGAUAUCGAGCAGAUAUCAUCGAAGGACACUAUGAGCUCGAUGAAUUACGUCGUUCCGCAAAUCUCGAGCGUGGAGAGCCUCAGCACGAUAAAAAGGAGGAGCAACAACAACCACGCGGUUGAGCAGAACGAGAAGAACAACGCUAAAGAGAACAGAAAGAAGAAGAAAUCGCAGGAGCCGAAUGCAAGCAAAGGGAAAUGUACCGAGGGCUCGAUCAAGGAGUUCUUGACAAAUUUCUGCGGCUCGAACGCGACCGAGGGCAUGCAGAACCUUUGCACUGAGAAAUGCGCCAGAGCCGCUUCCACGACCGAAGAAGACGACAGAGGUGGGAAUAAAUUGGUACCUCCGCUGAAGCUGAAGAAGGUCCUGCGUACGGAAGCAGAGGGGUACAACGAUUCUGAAGUCGUCACGGGAGUGGAACACGAGUCGAACUACAGAAUCAUCACGGCGGCAGCAUCUCAGUCACCGUUCGGUCCGAGUUCCGGUAACUGGGACGACAUACUGUACGAAAAGGGCGCGGAUCUCGGCGCUUUGAACACCGACAGCUACAAGCUGAAGUAUCGGCGAAACCGAUUGAAGCAAAAGCUUCGUGAAUUACGGGGCAAAGCAAUGGAUCUAGCCAAAGAAAUGGCGAGCGACUUGAACUCGCAAGAGAGUACCAGACUGAGGCAAGUGAUGAACCGUUACGAAAAGCAAAUAGAGAAUCUGUCGAAAUUACAUAACAAAUUGUCCGCAGCGCUCUCGAUCUCUAAAGAAGCGAUCAAUAUAAAUAACGAUAGCACGAACCCUUCUGAUAGCAACUAUCCAUGCGUAAGCUUAAACAAAAGGAAAACAGAUUUUCCAACGAAUGACAGUUCUCCGGUGUCGUCACCCGAGCCGCCUAAAUUGUCGCCACGAUCGUCGCUAGAUUGUGAUAUCAUCCUGCCGGAGGAGAUACGAAACAGCCCACCAAUUUUACCAUUAUGUCUGACUAUCUCGUCGAGUCAAGACUCGGUGGAAGAGGAGUUGCAAGCCGCCGAGAGGAAAGUUUGGCCGGUGAACGAAGAAUUGAUGAAACCGACGAUGUUUCCUACGGAUUCGCUUGCUGGCAGUUUGACCGAUUCGGUGAACAAAGGACCUCCAGAUAUCGAGACACACGCACGCGCUACGCCUCUGCUUCACGUUGACAUAGAAGGUCCCGACUUCGGUGCGAACAAGAGAGAUUUCAAUUAUUCGAAAAAAAUUGCUCAACUGGCAGAGAACAAUGUACGCGCGGUAUGGGAAAAGAGCAGCCAGAAGGGUAAAUCGAUCGAGGAGUACCCUCGCUCGAAUCAGUGUCAUUUUAUGAUCCAAGAACCGGAGAAGAUCAAGUGCCUUGGAUUUCCCGAUGCCGAGUCCGUGAUAAGUUCUGUGAAUAAUGGCGUGGAGGUGUCGACGACUGUUCAAAAGAAUGAAACAUUCAAGGCGAUAUCUGCCAAGCAGCUCUCUUCGUCAAGGGAGCAGACGGUGCAAUCUAAUUUCUACAGAACCAAUCAGGAGGAAAUUUCGUUCGCGAAAGCUCACGAAAACAGUAUGAACGCGCAGAAGAUUACGACAGAACUAUAAAGGGGAAGAAAUUCCGACUGAUUCUGUACAGAGGAACAGUGGGAAUCAUUCAAUAACCGAACAAUUCCCCACUCUUGGCAACUGGUUGGCUCGAAUGUCGAAAAAGCAAUCCUCGAUAACCAAAUCCAAAUUACACGUCGCGGAAAACGUGCCGCUGGUACCAACAGAAAAUAUCACACGUCAAAUUCCUGAAUCUGAGAAACCAAAGAUCGUUGGAUCUAAUAUCAAUAAUCACGUAAUAAAUUCAACACCUCAACGCGGUACAGAGAAAUGGCAAUAUCACCAUCAGCAACAGCAACUGCACCAUGUUGCAGCAUCCGUGACUCUAUCGCAACCUGUUGCGGCAGUUCCUCCUUUACGACCGGGCAUUUGUCCACCUCUUCCCAUGACACAAUUUUAUCCAAAUAAUUACGCUAUUGAUCCUUACAACGGUGCUGCCUUAAAUUAUCAUCCAGCGAUUUAUCCUUAUGGUCCUUAUCCAUAUCAUCCACGGUUACACACCGGUUCCUUGCCGCUUCAUUUUCCUACGCAAGAAAGCUUACGAUCCAUGCAACAUCCAGAUAAACGUUUUCCUUUACUACAAGAUCCAAUUGUAAGGUAUCCCUCGCCAUCAACGAGCACUCUGCAGCAUCCGAGUAAUUUAGAGUUUGAUCGUCUUCGAGGGAACUCCGCCACCAACAACAUUGGCACAACAACCUGUUUACCAUCGUUGUUUUUAUCACCACCGUCUUUAUCUACUUCGCAUCAGGCUUUGCCUCGUAAUCCGUUGAUUAGCUAUCCAACAAAUAAUCAGUUCUCCCAGAACAGAAUGAUACCGGAUGUUGUUGCUGCAGCAGCCGCCGCUGCUGUCGUCGCUGCUGCUUCCUUUGAUAGGCAACGAGACACGCUGACUUAUAAUAGAUCAGAAACGGAAGCGUUAUCGUCCGCAAGUAUUCCAAACGUUAUCGAUAGAGAACCACCUCACGUGCCGGGUGGCACCACGAAAUCAAUUAUCAAUCGUGACGUAACCAAUCAAACUCAAGACAAUAAUUUCAACGAGGAAAGUCACGAAAACACCAAGUAUCAACAAAUGCAAAAUUUCUUAUUCGAUCGACUAGCACUUGUGAAAACUACGGAUAACUUUGUGCCGACAAAUACAGUUAUCGGUAAUGAUGCGCGAUCGAUGACAUCUAUCGUUUCAGCGGCGCAAUAUCGUAUGCCAGUAAUUACUUCGUAUGCACAAUUGUCGAAAAACGUGCCAGGAACGGAAAUUAGAAAUUGCGAGACACCGCAUCUAGGUAAAGUGAAUCGCAGUCCGAAUAGCUUACAUAAUUCCACGUGCUCAAACUGUGGUAUCAUCGGGCCAAAAUUUAAAUGUUUAGGAUGUGAAAUGGCUUUUUAUUGUGAUGAACGGUGCCAAGAGAAACAUUGGGAUAUUCACGUACAAAGGUGUCCAAAGAAAAUGCCAAAAUUAAAGAAAGUCAUUUAG